ACACUUUUUUUUUCUCUUACUCUUUCUUAUUCAAUCGAUUUUUGACUGAUAAUAUAUUAAUUAAAACAAAUUAAAAUAAGAUAAAAAAAAAUAUGGCAUUUCCUCCGGAAUUUGUUGUUCAAUUCUCAUGUGUUUUUGCCAUGUUUUUAAUAUGGUUUUUUUCGUUAGUACCAAUACGAAGAGCUCAAUCAUUACAUGAAGAAGGGUAUGAUAAUUCAAAUCCAAGAGACCAGUAUACCAAAUUAUCUGAUUGGGGAAAAAGAGCAGUUGCAGCGGCAAAUAAUACAUUUGAAGGACUGGCUUUUUUCUCAAUAGCAGUAUUUACACAAGCAUUCUCUCGUUUUCUACAACCUGCAUCAGGAAAAGAUGAUAACAAAAUAAGAACUGUUGUUGAUAUUAUCUGUAUUAUUUAUAUCAUUCUUCGAUUGAUUUAUUUGCCUUUAUAUUGGUAUGAUGUUGCAAGUGCUAGAAGUUCGAUUUGGGCAGUUGGAACAUUAUGUAUUAUAGCUAUAUUCGUGAUCGCAUUUAUAUAAAUAAUUGAGUAAUUAGUUGUGAUUUAUUUAAUUUACCAGAUUAGUUAAUUUUAUUUAGUUUUUCCCCAACUAAUAGUUAUUUGUAUAUCAAAUUUAAUUUCUUUAGAUUAAAAAAAAUUAAUGUUUGUUAUAAAAUUUGGAAUUAUAUCAUUCAUUAUCUAUAAAGAUAAGGAAAUAUUAUAAC